AUGGUCGAGAAUGGAGGGCAGCGAAAAGUGCUUGCGGAACCUAAUCGGACUGAACAAGACGUCAUUGGCGAGAAUGCUAAGACCUCGCCUUCGCGUGCUCGUGGCUGGCCCAACGAGUUGGAAGAUAUAUCAUACGUCACCACACACAACAAGAUUAACACCAUGGCGAUGACAUUCCAAGAGACCCAGAGCAGCCAAGCUGCCGAUGUUGAACACUUUGACUUAGUAUGUGUCGGCUUUGGACCUGCUUCACUUGCAAUUGCGAUUGCCCUCCAUGAUCGGGGCAUCAAGCCUCGCGUGCGGUACCUGGAACGCCAACCAGAGUUCAAAUGGCACGCUGGAAUGCUUUUGCCUGAUGCACGAAUGCAAAUCUCAUUCAUCAAAGAUCUCGCGACGUUACGCGAUCCUACUUCGAAGUUUACAUUUCUCAACUAUCUCCGGUGCCAGAAUCGACUGGUUGCCUUUACCAAUCUUUCAACCUUCCUUCCAUUACGGGAAGAGUACAACGACUACAUGACAUGGUGUGCUUCACACUUCGACUCACAGGUGCAGUAUGGACAAGAGACCGUUUCAGUCACACCCACCAAAGGACCUAGUGGGCGGGUUGAAUCAUGGCGCAUUGUUUCGAGAGACAUGGUCACGAAUGAGCAAAGUACAGUCAGUGCCAGACAUGUAGUCGUCGCAGUUGGUGGAAAGCCAAAGAUACCAGCCGCACUCCAAGAUCUGGCCUCAGACUCGAGAAUCAUACACUCAUCAUCGUACUCACACAUUCGCCCAAAGCUCUCCUCGGCGAAAAAUAUUGCGGUCGUGGGCGGAGGACAGAGCGCUGCUGAAAUAUUCAAGGACCUACAAAGUCGACUUGCGAAUACCAAUAUCACACUAUAUACAGGUAAAUCGACAUUGAAGCCAAGUGACGACAGUCCUUUCGUCAAUGAAGUAUUUGACCCUGACAAAGUCGACACCUUCUACGAUCUCGCUCCAAAAAUCCAACAAGAUACUUUGAAGAGCAAUAGAUCCACAAAUUACGGCGUCGUACGACCGGAGCUACUAGACAAAUUAUACGAAAGCAUGUAUCAUCAACGAUUGCACCAAGCAGAUGAGAGCAAAUGGCAACACAGAAUCAUUCCAUGGCGAGAAGUAGUAGGCUAUGCAAAGCAAAACGAUGGUACGAUUAGACUCAAGCUGAGAGAUACGUCGAACGAUACUGUCAUCUUCGGCGAGCCGGCAUUCGAUCUUGUGUUCGUCGCAACAGGCUACCUACGAAACGCGCAUGAGACACUUCUAGCACCGACACAAAGUCUACUUGAAACGGGAUCAUUCGUCGUAGGGAGAGACUACAAAGUUCGGUAUCGCAGGGAUGAAGUCAAUGAUAACAGCGGAAUCUGGCUUCAAGGCUGUUGUGAGGGCAGCCAUGGUGUGAGUACUGAACGCAACAGGCAAGACCUUCGGCACUGA